AGGCCAUUUCCCAGUUCCGCUUCUGUCACAGGUUUUCUUCAGCUUCCUCCCUACCGUUGUCAACUUUUUGACGUCCGAUCUUUACUUCACAUUCGCCUUGUUUUCCGACCUUCAUCAUGGUCGCCAUUCGCUCGUUUUUUAUCCUUUCCGCAGCCGCUGGCAUUGCGUCUGCUGGACCAUGCAAACCUGAAAGCCAUUCGAGCUCAAUUGUGUCGGUGGCCAGCAGCACUGAUUCCGCCAGCCACACUGCUUCGGCAUCGGCUACCGUGAUCGAGUCUACUACCACUCUGGCUGAUACGACCGUGGAAACGAGCCUCACCGAGUCUGCUACAGAGACUGCUUCCAGCGCCACCUCUUUCAUCACAUCCACCGCCGAAACAACAACAACCGAGGCGGCCGCGAGCACGUCCUCAGCGGCACCGGUCAACAACUGUCUUUCCGAAACCGGCGAGUGUAUCAACACAGCCCGUAUCCAAUGCGAUGUUGUUCUGGAUGGAAUUACCCUUGCUGGGUUCUCUGAUUCUAUCCUCCAGUGCUCUCAGUUCUGUGCGGAUGAUGAUGACUGCCGUGGUUUCUCACGCAGACGAGACAAUGGUGCGUGCUUCAAGGCUCUCGUUGAUCCCGACGACGUCACCCAAUCUGAGCGAGAGGGAUGGGACAGCGGUCAAAUGAAUACCUGCUUCAAUUAGAUGCUGCAGGAGCUGGAGUUAUGGAACUUGCCUUGGGCAUAUCAAGUGUACAGCUUGUUGCUGCGAGUUCUUAUGGCAUUGCUGGAACCCUCGAGGGUUGAAUGCAAUCUAGUACAUAAUUGUAAUCUUCUUGAACAUUAUUAUUCUUAUAUGACUGUCGG